AUUUGGGAAGAGUUGAAGACACAAUGCCAAAGCCAUCCAACCUUUAUCUCUUGGCCUACAACUCUCUUCAGGCCGUAGCCUGGGCAGUUUGUCUCGCUUUAAGCUUGAGCAGCUUUGUCUCCACCAAGGCCGUCAAUGGAGCUUAUGCUUCUGCUGGAGACCUCAUCUAUUUUCUCCAAAUGGUUCAGUUCUUGGAAGUUAUACACGGAGCCGUUGGUCUCGUGCCGAGUGGAGUGGUGUUUCCUCUGAUGCAAUGGGCAGGAAGGGCUCAUUUUCUGUUUGUUUUGCGCCAAACCCAUGAGGUCCAAGAGUCGCCAUCAGUCCUCAUAACUUUUGUUGCUUGGAGCUUAAGUGAGGUUAUUAGGUAUCCACAUUAUGCUUUUAACUGCAUGGGAAGUUGCCCUUCAUGGAUUACCUAUCUCAGGUACACUGCAUUCAUUGUCUUGUAUCCUCCAGGGAUGGCUGGUGAAACCUGGCUUAUGUACCAAGCACUUCCUUUUGUAAAGAAGACGAGCCUCUUCCCAGAUUUAUUUGCUGGCCUCAGCUAUUAUAACUUUCUGAGGGUUUUGCUUGUCUGCUACCCAUUCCUCUGCUUGAAACUUUACCUGCAUAUGUUCAAGCAACGCCGAUCAAAGCUGGGUAAACACCCCAAGAAGAAGAAAAGGUGAAGGACCACAAUUUUGUAGAUACCAAUUGUGUGCCAGUUUCUGGUGAUUCAGAAAUACACACUUCAUAAAGAGAGGCAUGUAUUGGCUUUUAUUUGAAUUAUUUCAGUGCACUUCUUGAUUUGUUCUCCUCUUCACACUAAGAAAUUAUUGAAGUCCAAAAUUGUCUGUCCAAUGUAUUUUAGAUUCUUGAUCAACGUUGUCAAGUCUGUCCAGAUGAUGUCAUAAUAGUACAUUGGUUAUGAAGUUGAUCUAUUAGGUAGUCGUGCAAUUCGUGAUAUUAGAAUCUGGAAAUAAAUGGUGUUUGGCACUUGAUA